UCAGCUGUCAUUAUCAGUCUGUGUUGUACCGGUACUCGCCGUUCGCUAGCUUUUUCUCCUAUUUUUUGGUCUAGACAUAAAUUAAGUUUUUCUAUAGUUUUACAUAAUAUAUUUAUUUCGAUAUGGAUGGAAUAUCAAACUACAACACCUUUUUGGCUAUGCACAAGCCUCAAUUGGUUUCAUCGGGCGUUCCUGAACAUUUUUGGCACACACUGUGCAAAAAAUUACGUGAUCAGAUUUUAGAUUCCGGCGUUGCUUUUGAAUUGAUGCAGAUAGAUUAUGAAGACAAGCAGAAAAUGCCUUACGACCCCAUCUGGUGUGUGAUGGCGAUAAGUGACAUUGAUAAGGCGAAUUCGGAUCACAUUUAUCUCGUAGAUCAUGCGUGGACUUUUAAGGCGAAUAGUGUAAAAAGGAAUUUACGAAAUGUUCCUGGUCUUUUAGAAACCAUGUGUAAUUAUAUGCAAAUAACAAGUACAGAGACAGAAGAAAGAAUAGAAGAAGUGUCGCGAAGUAUUUGGCGAUACGCUCACACCUAUGCUAUAUCAGGCAGUGAAUUUUCAGUAGAAGAUCGAGUACCAGUAUGGUAUGUUUUAGAUUUGUUAGGUUUUGGUAUCAUACAUUCUGAUAAUCCAAACUUUCGCGCUGUGCCAUUUAUUUAUGUGCCGCAUCAGUUGACAUACACUUUGCUUUUUCCCAUUGAAAAUGUUGAAGAAGGUGAUACAAUCACUGUGAACUUUGUAGAGGGUCACUACCCAGAUUCCAAACAGAGGGAAGCUAUGCUGAUACCUUGGAAGCAUUAUGAAUACUUUGAUGAAGAUUUUACCCAAGAAGAACCCGAUAAAAGGUACUUCUUAGAAGGUCACAUUAUUGAAACCCUACCUUAUGUAGAAAUCUUACAACAUGGGGAAACCAGAUCAGAAAAAUUUAAAGUUUUCUCAGAAUAUUCUCUUAUCAAUCAACAUUUGACUUUACGAGACUUUGAAAUUGUUCAUAAUGAAGGAGAUGCUGAUAUUUUGUGGUUAACAAACCAUUUUAAGAAUUUCCAGGAGUUCAGUGUUGAUUCUCCACAUAAAUUUAUUAAUCAAUUUCCUUUUGAGUAUGUCAUCACAAUUAAAGAUCUUUUAGCUAUUGUGGCAAGAAGGUGUUAUGAAGAAGACAAGAACAUUGCAAGGGAUAAACUAGAAACUUUACCAACUUGGUUACCUACCACAUUUAAUAUGAAGACUGAGCUUCCCAAACUUGUAGCUUAUUAUAUGCAACGGAAGAAAAAUGGCUUAGAUAAUCAUUGGAUUUGCAAACCUUAUAACUUAGCUAGAGGUUUAGAUAUUUAUAUCUCUGAUAAUUUGAACUUUUUGUGUCGACUGCCAUUAACUGGACCAAAAAUUGCUCAAAAAUAUAUUCAUAAUCCAGUUUUAUUUGAGAGACCUGAUGUUGGUUUGGUUAAAUUUGAUAUUCGUUAUGUAAUCCUGUUGAAAUCUGUUAACCCUACUGAAGUCUACAUUUACAAUAAUUUCUUUCUUAGAUUUUCCAAUAAAGCCUUUUCUCUUGACAAUUUUGAAGAUUACGAGCAACAUUUUACUGUAAUGAAUUACGCUGAAGGUGUACAACUGUUUAGAAUGCUUUGUGCUGAUUUUAAAGACAACUGGGCAAAACAAUAUGGCAAUUUUUCUUGGGAAGAAGUUGAAAAAUCAAUAUUUAAAAUGUUUGCUGAAUUGUUCACUGCAGCUACAUCUAAACAACCACCAUUCGGAAUCGCCAAGAGUCCACAAUCCAGAGCGGUUUACGCUGCUGAUUUAAUGUUAAGUUGGGAUGCAAAGGAGUCAGCGAUGGAACCAAAGUUGUUAGAAAUAAAUUGGAUGCCAGAUUGUCAGCGUGCAUGUGUGUACUAUCCUGAUUUCUACAAUGAUAUAUUUUCAGUUCUAUUUUUGGAUAAAGAAGUUGAAACCUGCACAAAAAUACUCUAAAGCUACUUAAUAAUUGUCACAAAUUCCCUGCAAUUUCAUUUGCAAUAAGGAUUCUAGUCAAGACUGUCAUAAAUUUUGCAGCAUGUUUGCUUGAAACAACUAUUUAAGAAUGUUAAAAUUAACAGCAAAAGCUUUCAAAAAGGCUAUGCUUUUGCCUAUUUGUAUAAAAAUGAGUGUAUGUAUGUAUGAUACACUGUUAUGAAUGUGCCUUGCAAAUAUAUUUGUUAAGAUAAAAUGUAUGAAUUAUGAUAAUAAACCAUUUUUUCAAUAAAACACAA